UGAAGAGUGUAUUGGAGUAGUAUAUUUGCUUUCAUUUUUCUGCUUCGUGUAUGUCUGUGUUUUAAGGCAGGGUUUUUGGUGUGGAUCAAAUGUCCAGUAUCAGUAGGGCUUCUGCGGGCUGAUAGAAAUAUUGGUUUCAAAGCAAGUGAAAACACACAAGCUAUGGCUAAUAGGAACAUACGAAGAGUCCUGCUAGACCAGACAAAGGUCCAUCUCAUGCAGUGUUCAGUUCACACAGUGCCAGCCAGAUGCCUGUGGGAAGCUCACAGAGAGACUGGGAGCCUUGGUAGAUGGUUGGCAUCUUUAAAAGAAAAUGUCUUGGGCAGCCCUAAAGAACUACUCAAAUUAAGCGUCCCGUCUAUUGUGUAUGCCAUUCAGAACAAUAUGGCCUUCCUGGCGCUUAGCAAUUUGGACGCAGCCGUUUACCAGGUGACCUAUCAGUUGAAAAUCCCCUGCACAGCCUUCUGCACGGUCUUGAUGCUUAACCGAUCUCUCAGUAAACUGCAGUGGUUCUCGGUCUUCAUGUUGUGUGGAGGAGUCACACUUGUUCAGUGGAAGCCAGCUCAAGCUACAAAGGUUCAGAUGGAACAGAGUCCCUUGAUCGGCUUUGGUGCAAUUGCUGUUGCUGUUUUGUGCUCAGGAUUUGCAGGGGUGUAUUUUGAGAAGGUGCUAAAGAGUUCAGAUACAUCUUUAUGGGUUCGGAACAUUCAGAUGUACCUCUCUGGAAUUGUGGUGACCUUGGUUGGUGUCUACAUGUCUGAUGGAGCUCAAGUAAUGGAGAACGGGUUUUUUUAUGGCUAUACCCAGUACGUCUGGUUCGUCAUCUUCCUUUCCAGUGUUGGAGGUCUCUACACUUCAGUCGUUGUUAAAUACACUGACAACAUUAUGAAAGGUUUUUCUGCAGCUGCGGCCAUCGUUCUCUCUACUAUCGCAUCAGUCAUUCUCUUUGGCUUACAAAUAACCAUAACCUUCUCUUUGGGUGCACUUCUUGUAUGUAUUUCAAUAUAUCUGUAUGGAUUGCCUCAACAAGAUACGACAAAAAUUGAACCAGUACAAACAAAAACAUCAAAGGAAAAUCUUCUUCAUGUGUGACAUUUGCCAUGAAGAACAAAUAAAAAACCCUCCAAAACAGCCUAGAGAUGUUUUUUCUCCUUCAGGUUAGCCUUAAACUGUUUAUGGAAGACUUUCCUUCUUGAACUAAAGAAAUGAAGCAAAUCAAUAGGGUGAUGAAGGAAGGAUACUUCACUACGUUGUGAAGCGCUGUUUUUCAUGUCAAAGUAUGUUUUACUUUUGUGUCGGAUUUUGAAGAUCCUACUUGCCAAAACGAAUGACAGACUGGAAUGUGCAGUGAUAGAGACUGUAUAUAAAAUAAAGGGUGGCGUGCCGUUGGAAUUCACUUUGAUGUGCCAACAUGAUAUGGAUUCUCUGCAGGCAGAAAUACCUAUUUGAAGUGCUCUUGCAAGAAGAGCUGCUACACUGAAUAAACUGUUAAUUGUCUUAAAA